AUGCGUCCAAGAGAUAGUUUCAGCCCUCAGGCUGGAAAAUGGAAAAUGCGUAUUAACCCCGGAGAUCUGUCUGACGAAUACCGACUAUUUUUCACAUCCCGCCAGCUCCAACGGGCGGCUAGUUCCGGUUGUGCCAACUGCUUGUUACUAAUUGAUGGGUUGAAUAUCAUAAGCAAGGAAAUGGAUGUUUUUGAUAGCGCAAAGCCAUACCGAGGUCAUAUCAUAUCCCGCACAGGUUGUGCGCUACAGGUUGAAAUCAGAGGUUCAACGAUGGACGACCUGAUUGGCCUAGAAUUUUACAAACUUCCAAAUACUGAAGAUCUUAUGCCAUGCAGUGAUUUCGGUCCCCGCAUGAUUAUUGGAACUGCCGAAGAGAUACCAAGCGAAAGUCCAAUCGAAAGAAGCAUGCUCAUGAUACGCAAGUGGAUAUCGCAUUGCGACAAUGAGCACGGAGCCUGCGCUGGAAGUAGGAAAGCAUCGCGAGUUCCAACUCGAGUACUUGACGUUGUGGGGAAAGCCUUGAACAGAGGAUCAGUUUUCUUAGUAGAAAGUGACGAAAUGAAACUGGAAUCCGAGAAAAAUCUCCCAUAUAUUACUCUCAGCCAUUGUUGGGGUAAAACUCAGCCACUGACUACUACACGAGACAACUUCGCUGCCCACAAGGAGGAAAUACCAUUGGGAAAUCUACCAAAGACAUUCCAGGAUGCCAUUAUGAUAGCUCGAGCGCUUGAAAUUCGGUACAUUUGGAUUGAUAGUUUGUGUAUCAUUCAAGGCAAUAGUGAUGACUGGGAUAAAGAAGCAAUUCGUAUGGCUAGCGUCUACUCGAACAGCUAUCUGAACAUAGCAGCUACCGGAUCUCGCGAUAGUAGAGGAGGGUGCUUCUAUUCCCGUAAGAUGCAUUAUGGGUCCACAACUCUACCGCUGAAGUCUUACAUGGCUAGCAAAAAAACCAACCACGCGGGGUCUGGCGUUGUGUUUGUUCGAGUUUCAUUCGAAAAAAUACACCAAAGAUAUCAUUUGCCAAAUGAGCAAUCCAAAAUUGGUGACUCAAUCAGGACUCCCCUACUUUCGCGUGCAUGGGUCUUUCAAGAAAGGCAGCUAGCAUCUCGUACUCUCCAUUUCCACCCUGCGGAAAUGAUUAUGGAAUGCAAAAGUGCUCUGCGAUGUGAAUGCACAGGACUUGAUAAGUUACGUGCCAAUACCAAUAAAGAACUUUUAGGUCUAUACAGAUCUGAGGACUGGGAAGUUUUGGACCAAUGGUUUAGGGUUGUCAAAGAAUACACAGCUUUGUCACUCAGUUAUUCAACAGACAGGUUAGUCGCUCUAUCUGGGAUAGCGAUAAUCUUUCAAGAUCGCUUGAAAACCGCCUAUCUAGCUGGUAUUUGGGAAGCAGAUUUAGCCAGGAGUCUUUUUGUACGAAAUCCGAGAGUUGAUGGCCACUGUGCACCUACCUGGUCAUGGGCAUCGCCAAUUCUGGUAGAUGGCGAUACGAUAAAUUUUCCCGCGAUGAACGAUGCCACCGAUUCUUCAAAGAACAUGGAGUCUGCAUUCCUCGAGCUUCAGGGGUUGUUAGUUUUGGCAAAGAUUUCAUAUCUUGACGCUGACCAAGAAGGAAAAACAAAUGCUCCAAGACUCAGCUUCGCCCGGGAUCCUGGGAUUUACUAUUCUGGAAACUUUCUCACUCUGGAUACACUUCCAAGUACUGUUGAGCCACAUGUCACUGAGAGUAUCCCAAUAUACUGCCUCUUUGUAGGAACGAUGUUAGAGGACCUAGAUGGCAAUACUUCAACGUGGUUCAGUACUUUACUGAUUGAACGCAGUAGCCUGGAUACGAACCGUUUCCGUCGAGUAGGGAUCUUUGAUGUACGAGAAGAUACAAAAGCCUUUCUUGAAGCAGAGCAAACAACAAUAAAUUUGACAUGA